GUAGUAAACAUAUAAAAUUUUGUCACUAAUGAUGAUUGGUCUAUUUUCUCGCUAUAUAAAGAUCAUCGUGCAGUUCGAUAACAUUCAGUAAGGUGCGGUAAUCGAUUGUGUUAGUAGAAAUUAGUGACACAGGAUGGCUUUCCAUUAUAUACCUCUCACGGUAAUAGCGUUAUGUGCCGCUUUAUAUUUCUACUUCACGAGGACAUUCAACUACUGGAAAAAGAGGAAUGUUCCCGGACCUGAACCAACAGCCUUUUUUGGAAACUUUAAGGAAUCAGCUCUGCGACGUAAGAAUGUCGGGGUAGUGGUGCAGGAACUUUACAAUUCCUUCCCAAAUGAGAAAGUUAUCGGCAUAUACAGAAUGACGACACCCAGCCUUCUAAUUCGAGACCUGGACGUUAUCAAACAUAUCAUGAUCAAGGACUUUGAAUUAUUUGCUGAUCGUGGGCUAGAAUUCAGCAAAAAAGGAUUGGGACAAAAUUUGUUCCACGCUGAUGGUGACACAUGGAGAGGUUUAAGAAACCGCUUCACUCCUAUUUUCACAUCUGGGAAGCUCAAGCGCAUGUACUACCUGAUGCAUGACCGCGCUGAAAAAUUCAUCGCAUUCCUGCAAAGGGAGGCUGAGAAAAGCCCUGAAUUCGAAGUUCACUCAUUAGUACAAAAGUUUACCGUGUCAACAAUCACUGCUUGUGCAUUUGGGUUAGACAUCAACACGCUUGAAGAGAAAUUUGAAGCUCUUGAACUCAUCGACAAAAUGGUGUUAGAAGCCAACUUUAGCCUCGAACUAGACAUGAUGUAUCCCGGAAUUUUGAAGAAACUGGGUAUUUCUAUUUUCCCCGGUAAAGUACUAUCCUUCUUCAAAGUCCUUGUGAAUAAUGUCAUCAAUAUGCGUAAUGGCAAGCCAACAGACCGCAACGACUUCAUGGACUUGAUGUUGGGCCUGCGUGAAAUGGGAACUGUCACAUCUAAUAAACUAGGAAGUGCUGAUACAUCUGUCGACAUAACGGACGACGUUGUCGCUGCUCAAGCUUUUGUCUUCUACGUCGGUGGAUACGAAACUAGUGCUACCACUGUAUCCUACCUUUUGUACCAGCUGGCAUUAAACCAAGAUAUCCAAGACAAGCUUGUUAAAGAAAUAGACGAAGAAUUAAAACAAAGCAACGGGGAAGUAACAUAUGAUUGCCUCAUGAAUAUGAAAUAUUUGAAUAAAGUUUUCGAUGAAACUCUUCGGAUGUACUCAAUUGUGGAACCAUUGCAAAGGAAAGCCACCGUCGAUUAUAAGAUUCCCGGAACGGACCUGACCGUUGAAAAAGGAACAAUGAUGAUUAUAUCCCCGAGGGGUAUACAUUAUGACGAGAAAUACUACCCCAAGCCUGAAGUAUUCGACCCAAGCAGAUUUGAUGCCGAAGUAGCUGGAGCACGACACCCCUGUGCUUACUUGCCGUUUGGACUCGGACAAAGAAAUUGUAUUGGAAUGAGAUUCGGCAGGCUUCAGUCUAUCCUCUGCGUCGUGAAGAUUUUAAGCAAGUUUAGGAUUGAACCUUCGAAAAACACUAAGCGGGAUCUCCCCGUUAAACCGAGUAAAGCACUUAUCGGACCAGACGGUGGUAUCCUAGUCAACAUAGUACCCAGACGAGACAUUAAAACAUAAAAACGAUACAGGACGCUACUAAAGGACCAAACUUAUUCGCUCGUUACCGAUUUAAAUAUAUGUACAUCGCUCAUUUCUAAUAUUAUUGAUUUAUUUUAUAUGACAUAUAUGUAGUAGGAACAAUGAACCUGGAUUAUAAAACACCUAUAGGUUGAGCUUAGUAACUUAUAAAUAGACCUCAAAUUAAUGGAAAAUAACUUAUGCCAAUUCUGACAGGAGCCAAAAAUUUUGAUGCUUAACUUUAGCUCUAAACGGAGCUUCUGAAAUUGUCAGUAACCAUUCUAAGGGCGUGAAACCUUUUCCUCAGAAAUAAUGUUAUAAGCUAUGGGUUCAGCUACUCUCUUAUCGAAACUGCCAACGCUUAAAAGUAGACAGAGGUCGUGGAAUAUGUGUGUUCGCUCUUUUGGAAAUAAUAUUCUCUGUUUCGGCUGUACCACUUCCUACAAACCAGUAGACGCCAAAAUCGUAAACUCAGUAAUUAGUAAAAUGUUUGAAUCAUUUAAAAGGUAUUAUUUGACUUAAAUGUUGUCUGUGUAAAUCAUAGUAAAUGUAAUUAAUGUACGUAUACAAUAAAUUAAUGUAUUAUUAAGGCCUGAUGGUGGGUUGCACCAGAGAUGGUGUGACUGCCUUGUGCUCUUAACGACGGCAAAAAGACUGAACACAGCUUGAUGUACAUUAUUUUACAUGAUACCAGCCUUGUCGUGGUUGUUUAUCUUGUUAUUUUUUUGUAAAUAUUUUGUGAUAAUAAAGAUUAUAGAAGUAUAUUUAAUUGAAAUUGACUUUCUCUCUAACCCAAUUUCCUUUGUAACCUCUUUAUUUCACUCUAUUCUAAUUUAGUAACAUAGUUGACAUAGGUUGAUGUAUUCAUGUAAACCUUGUUGAACAAUGGACUUUUUACAUUUAUGCACUUUAAAUCAAUAGCUAUAAAGUUCAAUUUUAGAGAACAAUCACAUACUCGUAGUACAAAAGUGAAAUAGCAAUUUUCGGUGAGGUCUUAAAUAAAUUGCGCAUCACUUAUCUGAAUCGAUGUUGCUUAAAAACCUCGUUUCUUCAAAUUUGUGACAUAUUGAAACUUGCAAUUUAAAGUUGGUGUAACUCAGUUGCCGACGUAUUCUCUGCUACAUCAUACCUCUUCAUUUCAAAGAAGAAGAGAAGAUUUUUUUCCUGCACCUCUGAUCCAUCACCUUCUGAUUUUUUGCAGGUUAAGAGAAACCGACGUUAAGGCUCUAGAGAGACGGACCCUGUUUUAACUAGAACCCAACCACCAUUUGCAGUUCAAGUGCAGUUUGAAUGCUUUUUCACGACUGCAAUAGAAAUGCAAAAGCACAUGCAGCCCGUUUGCUCUAAGACUGCAUUUGAAGUUGUCCAAUUAAAAAAG